AUCCAGUGUCUAGUGUGUAAUAGUGGUCCCUAGUGUGCGGACCGGUUUUAUCGGAGACGACGCACGGAACAUGGAUGUAACUUGUUCCCCACUAUCGCAAGAAAGACGCCUGGAAAGCCGGUAUAACGGGCAAAUAAUGGAAGAUAACCACGCGGUCGAGAUAUCGAUUCCCCUGAUGCACAAUGGGGCGAACUUGGUCUUCCAAAACAUCUCCUAUCUGAUCCAGCAGCGAAAGAAGGAGAAACAGUUGCUGAAGAACAUCUCCGGUAUAUUCAGAGCCGGGCGGCUUACGGCCAUUCUUGGACCGUCGGGUGCCGGCAAAUCGACGCUGCUGAAUGUGCUUAGUGGGUUCAAAACACAGGGCGUGAGUGGUAACAUAGUGAUUAACAACGAAGUUAUCGAUCGGCAGCGUUACCGGCAGCUGGUGGCCUACACGGCCCAGGAUGUGGCCUUGCUGCCCAACAUAACACUGCGCGAGAGCUUACAUUAUGCGGCGGAUUUGAAGCUAUCGAAGACCAUCACGCAGCAACAGAAGGGCAAGAUCGUGAACGAUGUGAUUGCGGUGCUGGGGCUGGAGAAAUGUGCCCUAACGCAGGCGCAGCUGCUUUCCGGGGGCGAGAAGAAGCGGCUGUCGAUCGGCCUAGAGCUCGUCUCCAAUCCACAGAUCAUGUUCUUCGACGAACCGACGAGCGGACUAGACAGCGUGGCGUCCUUGCAGGUGAUCUCGUACAUGAAAGACCUGGCCCGCCAGGGACGGUGCGUGGUCAGUGUCAUCCAUCAACCGAGCUCGGAGCUACUCGAGCUGUUUGACGAUAUCUACGUCGUUGUCGAUGGCCGCUGUAUGUACCAGGGAUCGUUGGACGAUCUGAUACCGACGUUUACGGAGGCCGGUUUCCCGUGUCCUCCGUACUACAACCGGGCGGACUUUGUGCUAAAAAUUGCGUCCAAGUCUAACCAGUGCAAUACGGAUUUCGAAAAGCUGAUGACAAAAUCGGAAAAAUCCGUUAACGCAACGAUGAGCAUCGGUAAGGGGCUAGAGACAGAGAACCAAGCUGAGCAUGAUCGUUUAAUUUUCAUUCGUACAGGAAUACAGGAAUUCGGCUCCACGGAGUUUCUGGCCGAUGGACGUGGCCCGCAGUAUCCGAUCGGGUGGUGGAAGCAGUUCAGUAUCCUGACGCGACGCACUUCGCUCGGUACGAUACGCAAUCCGGCGCUGAUGGGACUUCGAUUUUUCGGCCACAUACUGUUCGGGCUCACGAUUGGGUUCGUUUUUCUGAACAUUGGCGACGACGCGUCGAAGGUGCUGUCGAACAUUUCGCUGCUGAUUGCCUUCCUGAUGUUUAUCAUCUUUGCCAAUGCAAUGACCGUGAUCCUGACGUUUCCGCUGGAGAUGGCCGUGUUCGUGCGGGAGCACAAGAGCAACUACUAUUCCGUUUCGGCGUACUUCUUCUCGAAGCUGGUGGCCGACUUCCCGUGGAUGAUAACGGGUGUGACGGCGUUCCAGCUUAUCAUGUACUAUCUGAGCGGGCAGCUCAACGAAACCGAUCGCAUCGUGAUGUUCUGGGGCAUCUGCGUGCUGUUCGGCUGGUUGUCACAGGUGUACGGCCUGAUCGCGGGCUGUCUGUUCUCGAUCGAAGUGAGCCCGUUCAUAGUGCCCGCCUCGAUCAUACCGGCGCUACUGUUCUCUGGGUUCUUCAUUCGCUACAACGAGCUGAUGGAUUGCUUCAAACCACUCACGCUGAUCAGCUACUUUCGCUACGGGUUCGAGGGGCUCGUGCAAGCAACGUACGGCCACAACCGAACGGAGCUGGGCUGUGAAGAGAUCUUCUGCUACUACCGAAAGACGAGCAAAAUACUGGAAGCACUGCACAUGGAACCGGACCGAUACUGGACCGAUGUGGCUGGGCUGUCCGUCUGGAUUGUCCUCCUGCACAUUGUCUUGUACUUCAGCCUAAGGUUGAGACUUCGGAUGAAUCGUUGAGCGGCUAGCUUUACUCGAAUAAGAAUCCCAUCGAAGAGUGUUCCGGCCAGCGAGAUGGUUGUUAAUGGGCCGAUAGGAAUCGUCCAAAUGGAGUUAAUUGCUGUUGUCUCGGUGCAUCGUUACAUCACGCCCGUGCACCGGGCGAGUGAGUACGAACGAAGUAGAUCAAUCUACUGUGUAAAAAAUACCACAACCACACCUGUUACUAGCACCACGUUGCGUGUCGUAAUAUUCUAUUGAAUAAUCAUAUCCCCGACCGUGUCCUAUGGACGGCUAAUUAAGCUAACAGACUGGUAUAGGGUGACAUUAAAAUCGAAAUAAACGUUAUACUUAUACCGUC